AUGAGUGCAUUAUUAGAUAUUUACAAAAGAAUCCUAUCCCCAGAAACACCAAUACAAACAUAUUCACUAUUAACAGUUAUUCUAUCGAUAUUCAUAGGAAUAUCUGUGUUUAUAUCAAAUACGUAUAUAUUCAGUGAAUUAGAUAAGAUUACAUCUAAAUUAGGAUAUCCAACAAUUGGUUUAAAAAGUAUAAUAGCACUAGUAGGCUUAUUGUACUCACCAAUCACAACAAUCCUACCCGACCUUAAAUUAGGUGAAUCUGUCUGGUAUCACUCAAGCGUAUUCAGUAUAACAAUAUUAGCAGGUUUCUGCAUAUUAUUCAAGAAGAAAAAAGAAAGAAUCUACGCAGACAGUAUAAGACACACUAUUUUCUUUCAAACAAUUGGUACAAUGGCAUCGCCUAUUCUUGGUAUAUACUCUAUUAUAACAUCAUACAGUUCUGUUGUAUUAAUAGUACUAUACUCUGUUUAUUUUAUGCUAUUUACAACAAAAGGGAAGGAUUAUGGAUUAUAUUUACACACAGAAUCAAGUACAGAAAAAUCAUUAAUGGAAAGAACCUUCAACAGAAUUAUUAAUAAACCAUCUGACAGUGUAAAUAACAGGUGGAUAAAUAUUAUAAUAUCAUCAACCAUAAUGGGGGCACUGAUAGGUAUUACAUUUAAAAAUAUGUACUAUAUACCAUUAUAUAUAGCAGCAUUAUUUAUACUUUGUAUAUUAUCACUACAUUCAAAAAAAACAAGUUAUUUCAGGAAUAUGUACAGUUUAGGCUGUUCAUGUAUUAUUAUAAAGGGAAUAUCUAAGCAUAUCACUAGUAUAAUUAAAGUAAUAUUGCCUAAUGUGUAUAAGAAAUACACUGGAUAUAUUAUAAUUAAUAAUAUUUAUGUACUAUUUCCUGUUAUGAUGGUUAUACUAGUAGGAAUGUUCAAUGGCAGGUAUAAACUCUGUUUCUCUAUUGCUAUAUCACUGCCCAUUCAUGUAUUUUUGUUACAAAAAUCAGUUAUUCCUUAUGUGCAUGCCAGUGAGAAUGCAGUUAUUGAUAGGAGCGCCUUAUAUUCUCUUGUAUUUACUGUUAUAUCUACGAUUCUUUUAUUUAUUAAUAAUGAAAUCAGAACUGGAUAUUUUGAGAUUGAAGUAGGGAUUAUUCUUAUUAUGUUGUAUAUUAUUUAUAUAUUUUGUAUAUUAGGCCAUCCUAUAUUACAAAUGGAACCAUUUAAAUAA